AUGCCUUUCGGGUCUCUCAAAACCCUUCUUCACGGGAGAAACGACUCCAUCACAGCCCAAAGGAACUCGAAGGUAGCAAAGGCAGAAGCGCGGGCGAGGAAUCGUCCGGUUUCCCAUGCCGUGGAAAGUGGAACAGAAGCUGCAGAUGAGACGACUGUUCAUCAGGCUCUGCGCAGUUUGAAACUAUCGAAAUCAAAGAGUCCUCAUAACACACACCAGAAUGCAGCCGCACAGACUCCGAACCCCAUCUCAAUAUACCACCAAGCAGCCGAUCCACGUCCUCAAUCCGCCCUAGGAAUCGGUGAGGUACCACAUGCCGCCAACUAUGAACCACCUACUGAUGAAAUCCCUAUUUAUGAUGGAAAUGGGUCGUCAACAUAUGAAAUGCAUACUAUCGUUCCUCAAUUGUUGGGGGCCGAACGACAUCACUUAGGCCACCAGCCAGGUAAUCGGGCAGCAACUCCUGCAGCAGACGGCCCUCAAUAUGUAUAUCCUCAACCUGGAGAACAAAUUCUUUUGGGAGAAACAGAAGUGCAAGUCGUCACGUUCCAGUGCCUCUCAAAAGAUUGUUAUGUUGCCCCUGCGAUGGAAGUCGAUGGUAAAUUGCAAGCGGAUUUCGACAGGAAAAUUCGAAAACAACUAUAUGGUGCUCUACGACGACUGAAGCUGAACGAUCCUCGUAUUAGCUUGGAGUGCGUUAUGGCUGGCACCAAGGAGGAUUCAGCAUCGAUGAAGCCAGCCAUACUAUUCAUGUGUUUUACAUCCCACCAGAAGAGGGCAAUUCUCCGCGCCUUCAGAAGACGGAUCUCAUUCCCUCUCCAUUUUGCUUCAGGGUUGUAA